CUCGUUUCGAACCCUAACUACGCAUCAAAGCAACCCUUGUUUUACUCAAAAAGAUCCCUCUCCAACAAUGGCUUCUAAUCCCAAGGUCUUCUUCGACAUGACCGUCGGUGGCCAACCAGCUGGUCGGAUUGUGAUGGAGCUCUUUGCCGAUUGCACUCCCCGGACUGCUGAGAACUUCCGUGCUCUCUGCACCGGCGAGAAAGGGGUAGGCCGUAGCGGCAAACCUCUCCACUACAAAGGCUCAUCCUUCCACCGGGUGAUCCCCAAUUUCAUGUGUCAAGGAGGCGACUUUACCGCCGGAAACGGUACCGGAGGUGAAUCCAUCUAUGGAGCCAAGUUUGCGGACGAGAACUUCAUCAAGAAGCACACGGGACCUGGCAUCCUUUCCAUGGCGAACGCUGGACCCGGAACAAACGGAUCUCAAUUCUUCAUCUGCACGACCAAGACGGAGUGGCUGGACGGAAAGCACGUGGUGUUCGGACAGGUGGUGGAAGGCAUGGAUGUGGUUAAAGCGAUUGAGAAGGUGGGGUCUAGCGGUGGGAGGACUUCCAAGCCUGUUGUUAUUGCUGACUGUGGACAGCUUUGAAAAAGGGCUUAUUGAAUUGUGUUUCCUUCAUAAUAUCUGGUCUUUUUAGGCUUCUUUUUUAUGCUAUGCUGCUUCUAUGGCUACUGGGUUUUGGUGUUUUUUAAGAAGUUGCUUGAUGUAGCUUUUUCAUUAACUGCCAUAAAUAAGAUAGGCUUUAUUUUCAAAUAA